GGGAACCAUGCUGAGACGAAAACCAUCGACCAUCGGCACUGAAGAAGACACGAACCUGGGCUCGUCCUAUUCUCUCCGUGCGCUCGAAUGUCAUUCGCAUGCGGGACUUGGUGCUGUCGGUAUCUCGGAAUCUACGUCCGUCGGUUUGGUACACGUGUCGCGCCUCUGCUCUCAGGCUACCCUGCUGGCUGCUAGAGCUGCAUGCAUAAUAAUCACGGGCUGCAGCAGAUCCAUCGAAUCUUGAUAUAUGGUAUUUGGACUAUACGGUGCGGUGUGUGUCUCGUUCUCACGCUGGCUUGUGCGGAAGUGAGUGAAGGUGAGGACGAACGAUACCGGGUGGAGUUGCGGAGAUCCUGAAGUGUGUGUGGUCCUUUCCGGACAAUCUAAUUCAAUCCAAUCAUCAUCAUCGGGCUAUUGGAAGAACGGAAGAAGCAUUGUGGGAAAGUGCUGUAGUGAGUGCUGUGCGGUGACUUCGCAUUGGUGCUUGUUUUUCUUGGAGCGUUUGGUGUUUGGCGAAGUUCGGUGAAGAGCUUUCGGAGAGAAGCGAAGAAGUGAUAUAUAACAGUGAGUGGAAGGAUAGAAAUUGAUAAUUAAUAAUUAAAUAUUAAUUCAAGCGUUCUGCCAGAAGCUAGACAUCGUGGAGCCUAACCAUUUUGGCAACGGAAAGGCGAAGAUAGAAGAAAGAUAUCGAAUUUUGGCAAGUGGAAGUGAUACUUUUUAGUCGAAAUCUGCGUGGUAUAUGAAAUUGAGGAAAUAAACAUCCGAUUGGAGUGAAUUAUCAAAGUUUGAAGCAUUUGACAUCUGUUCGUGAAAAGUACAGAUUCGAGUUCAACAUUUCAAGUCAAUUUCGGAUGUUCGUAAAUUUGGCAGAAGCCCGGCGGAAUAUUCAGCGCAGCAGUGACAGUUUUGUGUUAGCUCUUACACGUCAAAUUUGUACCGAUGGAAUACAAUUGAAGAUACAUAGCAGCAUUAAUAACUAUUACCAAUAUCUGUGAAACUACACUUUGGGAAUAAUUUGUUGAAUCAAAAGCAUUUGCUGAUGCAACCAGUGGAAAGUGAAGUUUAAGUUUAACGGUGAUUUCCAUCCAGUGAAGUGUUUCAAACUAGAUCCCCAACCUAGUGUUGUGAACCAGGCGAAGAAGAAUCAGAAAUCGUUAAACACCUUACCAAAAAGGAUUACAUCAUUCCCAGAAACAGAAGUUUUCCCCGCUGUUGAGAAGAAACUUGUAGCAACCAGGCGCCGCAAAGCCCACGCAGGAAGCAGCAAGGAGUCCAUCGCCAGCAGCUUGCGGCUGUCAACCGUUGAUAAUCCGUUGUUCCUCAUAUUGGAUUAAGACAAACGCUGCAGGCAGGCACAGGCCGCUAUCAUGUUUCUAUAAUCUAUAAAAGAUGGUAGACGAUCUGAGUUGAUAAACAUGGAUUUCAAGGAAAUAAUACUGCUGCUAUGUUUGGUUUUAACAUUGGCACGAGCUACACACAAAGAUAACAAAGGCGUGAAUGAAACGUUGAGCAGUUGGAACCCAUCCAGUGCGGAUCCAGAGGAUGAAGACGACGAAGAAGUACAGAAACGUGCGAAGGCUCAGGGUUGGUCAUCGUGGACCGAAUGGUCAACAUGUUCCAGAUCUUGCGACGGCGGGGUAGCAUAUCAGUUACGUCGCUGUCACGCUCCCCAUGGCUGCAAAGGAGAUGCCGUGCGGUACAAGAUCUGCAAUAUGCAGCCAUGUCCCGAGCAGCAGGAUUUCCGUGCCCACCAGUGUUCAGCGUACGACGACGUGCCCUACGAUGGGGCACUGCUCAAGUGGACUCCCCACUACGACUAUUCGGAGCCAUGCGCUCUGACGUGCAGGGGUCGACCUCAACACCUGCUGGAGGACAUGCCGGAUUCGGCAUCAGCCAGCGAAUCGUUCCCACCGGUGGUGGGGGACGAUGAACCUAGUGUAAUAGUACAACUUUCCAAUCGUGUCCAAGACGGAACCAGGUGCCGACCGGGCAGCUUGGACAUGUGUAUCCAGGGCAAAUGUCAGCGCGUCGGAUGUGACCUUAAAAUCGGUUCCACGAAGAAGAUCGACGUCUGUGGGGUGUGCGGUGGAGACGGAACGUCCUGCACCCAGCCCCUGUACCAGUGGGAGAUAGCACCGAUGUCUCUCUGCUCCGUCACCUGUGGAGGCGGCUAUAAAAUGGCUAUGCCCACGUGUAGGAAUCGGGUGACAGGAGUAGAUGUAGAAGAAUCGCUGUGCAACGCAUCAUCAAGGCCGGAGCCCACUGUCGUCCAGUGUAAUACACACCUCUGUCCACCAAAAUGGGUCACCGAUGAGUGGCGGCCUUGUUCCAAAUCCUGCGGAGGUGGCAUCCGAGAGCGGGUGGUCGUCUGCGCCGAGGAGAGCAACGGCGCUAAAAACAAAGUCCCGGAUGAGGCCUGCCGAGGCGUUCGACCGAAAAGUCAGGAAACGUGCAACGUCCAGGAGUGCCCCAAAUGGGUCACCGGCGAGUGGAGCGGGUGUUCCGUGUCGUGCGGCAGCGGCAUCCAGAUCCGAACCGUCGAGUGCAUGGACACGAGUGGUCACUUCAGCAACCAGUGCGACCACAAAUCCAAGCCCUCCACCGGCCAGCAGUGCACCACCGGAAUCGGCUGCAUCGGAGAUCCGUCCGCUUCGUCAGCUCUCAGCGCCAUAAUUGCCCCGCCGCCGGCGGCCUCUCCGCUGCCCGCCCAGACCUCGGUGGUGGUGGUGGAUAGCAGUGUGGCGUCGCAGCUGAAGGAAAAGUUCUCCCAUUCCGAGCGGGACCCCACGCUGAUGACGUACAACGAUCAACCCUACUACGCCCAACCGCUACGGCAGGAUCGACUACCGAAGGCGGAGAAAAUAGUUUCCCAACGAGUGCCCAGCGAGGCGACGUUCAUUCAGGACACUGAAUGGUCUCCCUGCAGUGUCACGUGUGGAGAAGGUAUUCGGCGGAAACCGUUCAGGUGUAAGAUUUUCUUGGAGUUCUCCAAGCGGGUGGCAACACUAAAUGAUUCGUUGUGUCAUUCUUACAAACCGUUGGAUGAGGUGGAACGGUGCGUCAUGGAGCCCUGCUCGUACUCCCAUAACUUUGAGGAGUCUUACUUGAAGGAUGGUAAUCGACAAAACUUGGAUGGGAUCAAAGUUCAAGCAGCCGUACCUGGAAAGACGUACUCGUGGCGAGAGGAAGGCUACACGAGUUGUAGUGCUUCCUGCCUGGGUGGCGUCGAAGAGCUCAUCAUCAACUGCAUCAGAGACGAUACAGGAAAAAUCGUUUCACCGUUUCUGUGCUCGCCGGAAACGAAGCCGGAAGCCCGGAUACGAACGUGUAAUGACAUUCCUUGUCCACCUCGGUGGAACUACUCGGAGUUCACACCGUGCUCAAAAUCCUGCGGGUUCGGGAUUCAAACACGAGAGGUGACUUGUAUUCAUGAAGUGACGAGAGGCGGGGAGAAUACGAUGAUCGUCCCGAACAGUAUGUGCACUACGAAGCCUCAACCGGAUCGGCAGUACUGUAACAUCAUUGAUUGCCCUGUUCGGUGGGAGGUGUCGGAAUGGAGCAAAUGUUCAAAGCCUUGCGGAGGAGGAAUCAAGGAACGUCGAGUUGAGUGUAAGCAGAUCAUGGCACAAGAACAUAAAGUAGAACGACCAGCAAGUAUGUGCCCAAGCAGUAAACCUCCAGACAAGAAACCCUGCAAUACCAAAGCUUGCGCUCCAGAGGAUCAGCGACCUCCAAUUGCUGGUACCAACUCGACGUUCAUCCAGCACGACCCAAAAAAGAAUAAGAUAACUCUGAAGAUUGGUGGCGCAGCUACCGUAUUCUUCGGAACACAAAUCAAGAUCAAAUGCCCAGUUAAGCGGUUCAAUCGAACGAAAAUCAGAUGGAGCAAAGAUCAAACACCGUUGGUUAAGUCGAAGAAGAUCAAAAUUUCCAAGAAAGGUGCUCUUCGGAUCAUCGAUGUAACGUUCCGAGAGGCUGGAGUCUACACAUGUCACGCCGGUUUAAGUCACGCGGACUUAAGACUGUCGGUCAAACCAAAACCCGGAGCAGUUCAUAACCAAGACGAAGACAGAGAAAGACAUCGGGAAGGGGUGGGAUUGAAUGCACUGAGAGACCAUACAUAUGUUGCUUCGCAAAAUCGAAGUGAUGAGAAGGGUGGCAGACGUAAUCGAGAUCGGAAUCGAGGGAAAAACAGACAACGACAACCACCUGACAUCGUCCAAAACGCUGAGAGUAGCGUCAUGGAAGACGAGGAGAUACUAAGGUCCCAUUCCCAAAUGACCGCCUCGGAUAGCACGGUUGCAUCCGAUGCGGCAGUAGCAGCUAGUUCCGGCACUCGGACCAUGCCGAUGCCACACUUCCAGCAUCUGCUGGCCAGUUUGCAGCUUCUCUGGCCAUUUCAGACUUUUACCAACUCGAAGGGUCAUCAGCUGCUGAUGGAGCACGAGUACAGCCACCUGGACUCGGAACGGGCCGAAAAGGACGAACCGGCACGGCCUGUCAACAUUUACGAGUUGCUCAAGGCCAAGGAUGCAGCAGCCGCCGCCAGCAGUAGUGGGAGUGAUGACCGGACGGACGGCGGCGACUAUGAUGCUGAACGAGCAGCUGCCCUGGAGAGCAUCGAGUUCGAGUGGAUGACCACACCGUGGUCAGAGUGCUCGCAGACUUGCGGUGCGAAUGGCAGCGGAUAUCGGCUUCGGUCCGCCCGCUGCAUGGUUCAGAUGAUCAACACGUCCUACACGGUGGACAACAGCCUGUGCGAGGACGCCGGCCUCGUCAUCCCGGAAACGGUGGAAAAAUGCGGCAACGUGGACUGCCCCCGAUGGGUUUCCACCGAGUGGUCCCUCUGCCUGCAGUCCAAGUGCUUUGCUUGGCACACGGCUCUACAAAAGCGGGACGUAUUCUGCAAGUUCGCCAACGUCAGCAGCAGCGACCGGUGCGACCAGCUGGAGAAACCGGUCACCAAGCAGGAGUGCUACAACGAAAUGUGCAAAGGCGUCUGGCGGGUGGAGCCCUGGUCAGAGUGCAACGCUGCAUGCGGUGGCCAGGGCAUCAAAUACAGGAUACUGCAGUGUGUCUGGUACGGUACCAAAAAGCCGGCUGGUAACGCAUGUAGGGAUCAGCCACGACCUGCCGUGAUGAAAGUUUGUAAAGGACCACCUUGUAUUUCUAACCCCUCGGAAUGCAAAGACUUAUCGAAAUAUUGUAGAAAUGUAAAAACAAUGGGCCUAUGUAGACUGCAUCGUUACCAGCAACAGUGUUGCAAAACUUGUAGGUUCAAUAUUUAUAACUGAAGUAUUCGGCGCCGACAUCCAGUUAAGUAACUGCAGCGACGGUAAGAUGCAGCGAAAUCGAUACGGGGAACCAAAACUAAAUAGACAAGCAGUGCAACAGAAGAGUCAUCCAUUGAGGUUGGCUGUUCCAACAGUGACACUCUACCUACCUAAACUACAAGAAAACGAAAUCCUACCAAACCAAUAUGACUUUGUUGCGAUCUUGGGACCGCUUCGUUCUUGAUGAUAAGAGAAA